AUGGUCUUGACGGUCUUGAUUAUCUUCGCUUAUAUUGAGUCCUCGAUGGGGAAUUUCCAAGGCUUUUACUGCCAUGAUCAAGGCAUAAUAAGCUUGCUUUCGCACCUCAAAAUCAGCUCGAGAACAGACCUAGAUUCCUUACUUGCGGCCUGGUUGCAGAUUCGAAUCGUGGUCUGGUGGGCCCGCGCCUACUUCUGCUCACUGGAAGUGCAUCGGCAUUUACCCUCAACUCUGCCUCCCGGUAUCACCAUGGAAAACUUACCUGCAUUCCAAGGGCAGAGAGUCAAUGUUUUAAGUAUCAUGUGCGAAUCACAUAGAAUCAAUUUCUCAGCACUACUGAGACAUUGGGAUACCGGUGAUUUCGGCGCGCAGGGGAGUGAGCUUUGCUCGGGAGACGAAGAAUUCGACAAGACCUGUCAUUUUCUUGCCCAGCAAGGAGAAAUGUUAGACAGGUGGCUCGACGCCCUCCCAACAUCUGACCUGCCAAUAGAUGGGCUGGAUGGCGUACACGAGAUUGAUCAUGUGGAUCAACGGACACCCAUCUUUUUUCGCUCACACGAGGCAGCAUUGAAUUUCGCAUACUAUACAGUAGCGAGAAUCAUGCAAAGCACAGGACUCCUGCGAAGUUUGAAAAAGGCUGACCCUUCUUAUAUUCCUUAUGACAGUCACACAGAGGAAUCGUGGACUCGAGUAUUACUUCGGAUUGCAAGAGGGACAAAAAUGGAGACAUCUCUUAGCAGGAACAGCUAUACCAUUGGAUUCUCCGGUUUACUCCUAACCGCUCUUCUGCGAUGUCAAGCUCGGGGUCUAGCUCUCGAGAUCCAAGAAUGGCUCCAGGAUCUCGAAAUUUUGAAGCCAACAGAGGAAGGAGCAUUCCCAUUAUACCAAACGCUGGGCGUUGUCAACACCAUAAAUUGUCAGAAAAUGGCCAAUCGGGACGUUUUCGCGGUAACCCAGUCUGUGGACGACGAGGGAGGCACUCCCAAGAUCAACGCAUACAAUAGCCAGUCAAUAUCUAGUUUAUUGUUUCAUGGCAUGAGUCGAACUUCAGGUGCUCUUUUCACUGAUUAUUUACCUGUUGCCUUGUGA